UUGGUCGGUUCGUUCGGUCCUCCUGCCUCGCAAGUCGAAGGCCUGCGCACAGUUCUCAAAGGGAUUGUGUACCGGGUGCGACGUAUCGAUGGACGAUUACCUCUGAAAGCGCUAGCAGGCUACCACCGAGUCAAUCGCCUACUUCGUAGUGUUGAACGACAGCGGACCCAUCUGAGCAAGUCUGAACUUUCGGCUGCGUUUGAUCUUGAAAUGGGACGAUGGCUGGAUCAGCUGGCUGAUGAAGACUUUGAGCGCGCCUACACAGCCUUACGUGGUCGAUACCUUUGUGAUGUUGGAAAGCCCGAGAAAGACGAGAAACCGAAAAGAGAUCGUAGAAGGGAGGCCAGAUUCGUGAAUCGGGACACCAACCUGGAAUAUAUCGACUCAGAUUUCCGGGUUGGCAGCUAUGACCCAGAUGAAGUUUGGCCUCUGGGAAAAGCGAAUGAGAAGGAUGAUGCGGUGCGGUGUGUCUGUGGAUCCUUGGAAGAAGACGGCGAAAUGACGCAAUGCGAUACCUGCAACUUCUGGCUACAUAGCGAGUGUCUCGAUACACGGGAUGUCGACCAAGAAACUGAGUACAAAUGUCAGUUCUGUCGCGGUGUGAUAUCAGGUGGACGUCCAUGCAGCGAUGUGAUCCUUGCAAAACAGCCUGAUAUACGGUUAUAUGGUUGCAGUUACUACAAGGCUCUCACCAACAAUCGUUCAAUUCAAGUACGACUCAAUGAGACCGUGCACGUCCAGCGAUCCAUCAAAGAUGAUCAUAAGAAGAUCCUCAAAAAGUUGAUGGAAGUGGAUGAAAAGAGAAAGAAAAGUGAUGUCGGUGAAGAGAAGUUCGACGACAUUCCGCUAGCGGCACAAGAUCGUCUUCCUCCAGCAACGUUUCAUCGAAAGGAUCUGCGGGUGUUCCGAGUGGAGCGACUUUUCUCUGCACCGGGUGGCCAUCGUUUAGGGUUCGGUUUCUAUUAUGCUCGACCCCAUGAGACGUUUUGCGAUUCGCAGCGGAUAUUUCACAGGAACGAGGUAUUUGCUACUCCUCUGUAUGACACGCUUCCUCUUGAUGCCGUAGUGGGACGGUGCGCUGUGCUGGACCCCUCAGUUUGGUGCACUGGCAGGCCGACUGUUCCGAAGUUCAAGGAAGAGGACGUCUACCUUUGCGAAUAUCAAAUAGAUCGCAAUCAGCGGAGUUUCGAGAAGAUUCCGAGCAAAAAUCGAUAUCCGAUCAAUACACAGCCCUAUGUGUUCCGAAAGUUUGACGAGCCCGUCACCAUAAAAAGAGAUUUCACGCCGUUCAUCGUGGAUUCAUCUUUAUCGUCAUCAAAAUCGUCACCUAAAGUUGACAAAGAUGCUAGCGAUGCACUUCAUGUGAGACGAUUUAUGAUGGAUAAUCUCUGUGCUGUUGUGGAAAAGCUGAAAUCUCGAUCUAAAGUAGCCGAGCCAAAUGCCCAAGCAGGGGAAGAGAAGAAGCGAAGGCGUCCGCGUAAGCUGUGUCGAACGACUAAACCCUCGGACGAAUAG